AGUCUAAAAAUUGAGACUUUGAUAGUAGCAAUGUCGCGGUAAUAACGUUUUAUCAGGUUGACUUGAAUUCAAAUACAAAAUAUAAGAAGUACAAUUGUUUUGAGGCAAAGAAGUUUUAAAUACUGGACUUUGCAUAUCUACGAAAACAAAAUAAGAUAUUGGUCGUGGCUUGAAAUGGAAUCCACUUUAACAAUUCGUUGUUGAUCGAUCAUGCACGCGCUUAUGUUUUAGACUAUUAUCUUCGCCGCAUGUAUGGUGGCGUUUCGUCAACGAAAAGCGGCAGAUUCUUGUCUGGAUUAAAACCGUUAAAUAUAGUAAUAAGGUUGUUGAGCUCACCAGCAAGAAACCAUGGAUGCAGAUCUGUAUGAUGAGUUUGGGAACUACAUCGGUCCAGAACUCGAUAGUGAUUCAGACGAUGAGAGGGGUUCAAGGGGUGAUGCCAUGGGAGAUUUUGAUAUGGGGGACGACGAUGAGGGCAUGGACGACAUCGAUGAUCACGACGAUGAAGAUGCCAGUCACGCUGUGGUCCUUCACGAGGAUAAGAAAUACUAUCCAACAGCAGAAGAGAUCUAUGGACCCGACGUUGAGACCAUCACUCAUGAAGAGGAUGCACAACCCCUCACUGAGCCAGUUAUUGCUCCUGUCAAACAGAAGAAAUUCACUCUCACUGAACAGGAAUUGCCUGCCACUGCUUAUGAUAUGGAGUAUCUUGCGGACAUGAUGGACAAUCCCAAUCUAAUCCGAAAUGUGACCCUAGCUGGACACUUGCAUCAUGGGAAGACCACUUUUGUUGACUGCCUUCUUGAGCAAACACAUCCAGAUCUGAGAACAAAGGACGACAGACAUCUGAAGUACACAGACACUCUCUUCACAGAGCAUGAGCGAGGAGUGAGUAUCAAAGCUCAGCCUGUUACACUGGUGUUACCUGACUGUAAAGGGAAACAUUUCCUCAUCAAUGUCAUGGACACACCAGGUCAUGUAAAUUUCUCAGACGAGGCAACGUCAGCGUUCAGGAUCUCCGAUGGUGUGGUGAUCUUUGUUGAUGCUGCAGAAGGUGUGAUGCUGAACACGGAGAGGAUGAUCAAACAUGCAGUCCAGGAGAAGCUGGCUGUUACUAUCUGCAUCAAUAAGAUUGAUAGAUUGGUAUUGGAGCUGAAACUCCCUCCAACGGAUGCAUACUACAAGCUGAGGCAUAUUGUUGAUGAGAUCAAUGGCUUGUUAAGUGUCUACAGUGAUGAGGCUGACCAGAAGGUAGUGUCUCCUCUUCUUGGUAAUGUUUGUUUUGCAAGCUCCCAGUACAGCGUUUGCUUCACCCUCUCAUCAUUUGCCAAGAUCUACACGGACACCUAUGGGGACAUCGAUUACCAACAGUUUGCUAAGAGGUUGUGGGGAGACGUCUACUUCAGCCAGAAAACGAGAAAGUUCACCAGGAAGCCUCCAGUUAGUACAUCCCAAAGGAGUUUUAUAGAGUUUAUCUUGGAGCCAAUGUACAAGCUAUUUGCACAGGUUGUAGGAGAUGUUGAUUCCACUCUCCCUGGUGUGUUGGAUGAGUUGGGUAUUCAUCUAACCAAGGAAGAGAUGAAGCUUAACAUCAGACCGCUCCUUAAACUCAUCUGCAGAAAAUUCUUUGGAGAAUUUACAGGUUUUGUUGAGAUGUGUGUGAACCAUAUCCCAUCACCAGCAGACAAUGCCAAGAACAAGGUUGAACAUUGCUACACUGGGCCAGUCGAUUCAGAUCUCGUUGAUGCUAUGAUUGAUUGUGAUUCAGAGGCCCCCUUGAUGCUCCACACUACAAAGAUGUACAGCACAGAGGAUGGAGUGAGCUUUCAUGCGUUUGGGCGGGUGAUGAGUGGGACCAUCCACGCCAAUCAAGAGGUCCGGGUCUUGGGAGAGAACUAUACCCUUGAGGAUGAAGAAGAUUCAAGGAUCACUAUUGUUGGAAGGCUAUGGAUCUCAGAAGCAAGGUAUAAGAUUGAAGUAAAUCGGGUACCUGCAGGCAACUGGGUGUUGAUUGAAGGAGUAGAUGAACCUAUCGUCAAAACUUCAACUAUUACAGAAAGCAGAGGACUAGAUGAGGUGUAUAUUUUCCGACCUCUGAAGUUCAACACGACAUCGGUCAUCAAGAUAGCUUGUGAACCGGUCAAUCCAUCGGAGUUACCCAAGAUGUUAGACGGUCUGAGGAAGGUCAACAAAAGCUACCCACUCAUCACAACAAAGGUAGAAGAAUCAGGAGAGCAUGUAAUUCUUGGUACAGGAGAGCUCUAUCUAGAUUGUGUUAUGCAUGAUCUCAGGAAAAUGUACUCAGAAAUUGACAUCAAAGUAGCCGACCCGGUGGUGUCUUUCUGUGAGACCGUCGUGGAAACAUCAUCUCUCAAAUGCUUCGCUGAAACCCCCAACAAGAAGAACAAGCUUACCAUGAUUGCUGAACCACUAGAGAAGAACCUUGCUGAAGACAUUGAAAAUGAAGUCGUUCAAAUCUCAUGGAAUAGGAAACGGCUGGGAGAGUUUUUCCAGACCAAAUAUGACUGGGAUCUGUUGGCUGCUAGGUCCAUAUGGGCCUUUGGACCUGAUGCUACUGGACCAAACAUCCUUGUAGAUGACACACUGCCAUCGGAGGUGGACAAAGAUCUGCUGACUUCAGUCAAGGAUAGUAUUGUACAAGGAUUCCAGUGGGGCACGAGGGAAGGUCCUCUUUGUGAUGAACCGAUCCGUAACGUCAAGUUUAAGAUCCUUGAUGGUGUGAUAGCCAAUGAGCCUAUCCAUAGAGGAGGUGGUCAGGUGAUCCCUACGGCCAGGAGAGUCGCAUACUCCGCCUUCCUUAUGGCCACUCCAAGAUUAAUGGAACCAUAUAACUUUGUUGAGGUCCAGGCACCAGCUGAUUGUGUGUCUGCUGUAUACACCGUUCUCGCAAGAAGGAGAGGUCAUGUUACCCAGGAUGCACCAGUGCCAGGGUCACCGUUAUAUACCAUCAAGGCUUUCAUACCAGCCAUUGAUUCGUUUGGCUUUGAGACCGAUCUCAGGACCCAUACCCAAGGACAAGCUUUCUGUCUCACCGUUUUCCACCAUUGGCAGAUUGUUCCUGGUGAUCCCUUGGAUAAAGGUAUCAUCAUCAGACCCCUAGAACCUCAACCUGCCACUCAUCUAGCUAGAGAGUUCAUGAUCAAGACAAGAAGACGAAAGGGUCUAAGUGAGGACGUUAGCAUCAACAAGUUCUUUGAUGAUCCUAUGUUGCUGGAACUCGCCCGUCAAGAUGUGAUGCUCAACUACCCCAUGUAGAGACACCUGAAUAAUGAUAUCUGAAUUCUGUAUUUAUUGUUGUUUCCACGGUAAUUACUCAUUGAGAGUCAACCUUUGAGUCUGCCUGCAAAGCUCUGAUUGUGACCCACCAUGCGCUGAUUUUAUAGUUACCAUAUCUGAAUCAGAGGAGUCAUUCCCUUCUGAAGGCUUUUCAUUGGUACUCUGCAUCCUAGGGACCUGUUUCAUAAAACUCUUUUUAAUGACAAGUUACAAGCUACUGAAAUCAUGACAUUUUAUUGGCCUAAAAACAUCUUUGCCAUACUCUUUUCAGAUAUCAAUAGCUAUUGAAAGGGGUUUUAUGAAACUGCCUAUAUUCAUCUACCAAGGAAAUUUAUCAAAAUCAUCCAAGAUAUAUUACUUUUUCACUUUCUCUUUGAGAUUUACAAAGAGUUACAAUUUAUCCAAUCAAUCUCAAUUGUAUGGAAAUCCAUCCAUACCAUAAUUCUUUUCUACAAGAAAUUUGCACAAUCUCCUUAGCAAGCAAAGAGUAUCACACUGAAUCUUUAAGAGAACGAUGAAUGUAUGAUAAACAUCAUAUCUAGAGAAUAUUUUGAAAAAUUUUGCAUUUAAGUUGUUGACGUCGCUUGCCAUCCACAGUUGUGUUUGAUUGGAUCAAUCGUAACUCUUUGUAAGACGGGGCCCUUCCUUCCCUUUCUGUGUUUCAUACGAUAAGGUGUAAUGCUCUCACAUUAUCAUGGCUCGAGGAGUUCAUGAGUCGGAAAAAAAAAAUGGAAGGGGCGGACAUCAAAAAGGAUUAAUUACUUUGCAGGUUUACCUCUGUGUUCAAAAGGUGUUAUUGAACUUCAUUAAUUAAUCAUCCGCCUCUUAUACAGAUUAUGGAAAGGGCUUAAAAGGGUUAGUUCGGUAAAGAUGAAAAAAUAUAUGUGAUUUUUUUAAAGAUCCAGCGGGGGGUGGGGGGCACUCUCAGACUUAGGUGAAACCAAGCAUCUCCACUUAGUUCAAAAGUAGAUUGUAAUGUCAACUUUGAUACACAAAGUAAUGUGUAAUAUGACAUUCCACAUUUUGUCAUAUCACACGCACAAAAAAUAAUGCGUUCUCAAAUGAAAUCUCAGAAAAUGUUUUCCUCCUUGUGCAUCAAAAACUGUUUGUCAACUUGACCCCUGGAACUUCCAUUUCAAAUAUUUCAAACAUUCCAACUUAAAAAAAAAAAAGAAGAUAAAGAUAUUCCUCCUUUGUUCAAUACAUCAGAACUCUCUAACUGAAGGGUUUUGAGCUUAAUAGUUUGUUAGGAAUGUUUCUUCACACAUUAAAUAACUUUAUGUGUGAAAUUUAAUUGAUCCAUUGAGUCAUGCAUAAGUGAGAUACUAAAUGUAAGAUGUCAUUUUUUUUUUGAGUAACAAGGGUCAUUUGGGGGACUCAUGAAACAGAAUUUUUCAAAUAUUUUGAUUUAUAUAUGAUUAAGUGCUAAUAAUUUUAAUCAUCUAUCUCUUGACACUUCACAUACUUACAUUUGCCUGAGCUCAAUUAAAAAAAAAAUCAUUCAUCCUCUCUAAAAUUUCACAUUGUAAUGUCCAUUCAGUUAAUUGGAAAAUGGAAUUGAUAUGUUUAAGCAUUAGAUAUCUACACAUACAUGUACAAAGUUUUUAUCCACUUAUGCUAGAGUGUAUUUUAUGGAAUGAAGUUUUGGAUGAUAUUAUGUAUUGUUAUUUUGGGGUUAAAAAGCAGCCCCUGUGACUUUGAAAAGUGUAAACUUUGCAUUUAAUAUUUGUCCACCCAUGCAUGACUUGAUGGAAAAGGAAUAACUUAGAAUUAAGGCAAAAUUUUAUGAACUUCCAUUUUCCAACAUACUGUCAAAUACCAAACUCCAUUUCAUACCAUAAUGUUGAUUUAAUUUUACAGCAAUAUUAGUAUUUCAGAGCAUACUUCAAUAAAUUUCCAUAUAAGAUUUAUUUGGAGUGAUUCUUCAUGACCAGUCAUUGAAAUUAUGUUGGUACUGGGUAAUAUAAUGAAGUCAUAACUACAUCUUUUUUUUUCUUUUUUGGGGGGUCUUUAAUCAUGAUACAUGUAUAAUGUGCAAAUGUACAUGUUAAACCAUGUUUGAGCUUUGAAUUGAUGUAAAUAAAUAUUUUGAAUCUUUUGAA